AUGAAUAGAUCAUAUGUUGGUACCCCGGAGAUGGCAGUCGGGUGCUGGCUAUUCCAGACGCCCCGGAGGGGAAUCACGUCCGCUCGGACCCGAAAACUGCUCCGGAGCUUGCCAGUUGGCGGGACUAGGCGUUGCGGCAGACUGGUCAUUGACGAAUUACUCGGGCGAGGCACUCCGACCGACCUAGCCGACGUCCGAGCUGCGUUUAAGGCUGACAAGCCUGCUGUCGUGAUCGUGGCGCUGAAUGCUUCCCGAGCGAGCGACAGUCCGUUUGCCAACCCGAUCUCUCCGCCGCGACUGAUGGCCGAUAGCAACGCCAAUGUAGUAGCCGCGAUAAAAGAAUUUAGGGCGUUUAGGGUAGGCGACUCGUGGGCUCGGAUACACUGUUUGCUGCGCCUGUUGAUGAAGACGUCCAAUAUGUCGCACCAGUAUGACGACCACAAUGACACAGAGCGGGAGGUGCGGGCCAGCGGCGUAGAUUAUGUGUUCGUGCGGCCAUCGCGGCUCGUCGAGACGAAGGAGACGCGAGUCAAGGUGUGGCCGGAGGAUGGCAAAGGGGUGCCGAUGAUGGCUAGCACGAGCCUGAUCAGCGUGGCGUGCGAGGAAUGGAAUAACUCGGCACCGGUGAUCACCAACUGAUCGAUGAGUGGUGAAUAUGUAGUAUUGUAGUUAUAAGAUCCUCGGAGGCAUUGGGGGAUGCCUUCGACAGUUGUAAAAAUAAUCCGAGUACUCUAAAUCUCUAAUUGCUG